AUUACAGAAAAUGUCAGCACUGUCGACACAAUCAAUGAAAGCUUAUGCGCAGAUUGGGAAAAAAAAUCAUUACUUUGAAAUGAUGACCGUUAAAUGGGAUGGUACGGGGAAUAUUGUGACCACUGGGCUGCCACCGGUAGCCGUUGAAACUCGUUGACCAAGCCAGGAUCCAUUUUGUAAUUACGUAAGGAACUCUCCUCAGUGGUAGUAUGAACAAAGUUAAUCUUCGUGGCGUGGGCCGUAUCGAGAACUAGAUGAUCACUAUAAUUUCCAUCCGGACGCAGGUCACUAAACGUACUUCUCCAAAUAUUUUCAGAGGACUCAAACUUAUGGCGGGAAAAUGACCACAACGUAUAGAUCACCUUGAAGGGAGGGGUUAUCGUUCGACCUCUUGUUCUUCUUGAGAGAUUUCUUCUUCUCCUUCAGUUCAGGCCACCGUCUGGUGUAUUUUUGUAUCCCUAUACACUGUUUGUGCAGUGUCUCGAUCUAAAAUACUACAACUGUAUGUGCACCUAAGACAUCCGUGAAGAUUUAAAGGAGUUGGAGAUUGAGUACCUCACUUGUGAAGCUCGGUAGAGGGGUAUACAGAACAUAGCGACAUGUGGUAAAGCAUUCUUGGACGAAUCAAAUGUUAUCAUGAUUUUGGAACAAUUAAACCAUCAUAAGAAUCAGGAAAUGAUACAGUCAACAAUAAAGUGUCCAAAUGAAGUGUCUUUAUCAUGAUCCCGUCAUUAUUUCUUACCAAGUAACCAACGCUAACUGACUAAAGCGGUUAAAACGAUUUUUAAAUGGUUAAUGUCGGUACUCAAAAGGGGCCAAAAGUGAAAUUAUUCGUUUGCUGAAAACUUGUACUCUAACCUCAACCAUGAUCAAGACAUUACUUGAGAAAAACGGGUUCGUAAAUUCUUUUUUAUAUUUCAGUAUAAACCAUCAAUGGGGGAUGUUACAGUUACUAGUAGGACUAUAGCGAUCUUUUUAAACUAUCUUCCAAGUUCGAUGUCUUUGCUACCAGCACGAUCAUAAAUAUGCCAUCAUUUAGUGACAACACAACGAUCACAUUCGAGAUCAAUGUUCAGGGUAUCAUUGCUGCUGCCAUAUUCGCAACGACGGCUUUGGUCGGAAUCCCUGGCAACAUUCUAGUCAUAAUGGCCGUUUCCCUGUCUCAACAACUCCAGACAUCGACCAACAUAUUCGUCGUCGGCCUCGCCAUCAUUGAUCUCCUCAACUGCCUCCUCUUGCCUGUUCAAGUGAUGUCCCUCCUAGGGAUCGGAAGAUCCGUUGCUUUCGACUGGGUUUGUACCAUCGCCGCCGUGUGUCUUUGCGUCUUCUUGGGGAUAAGUGUUUCCACAUUGACCUUGAUUGCUUACAAUCGAUUUUACAUGAUCACGAAAGUAGGAGGAGAGUACACCCGACUCUUUACCAAGAAAAAGAUGGUAGCCAUGCUUUUAGUAAUAAGUGGCGCAGUAUCCCUUGUCACAGUUGCCCUUGCAGCAACGGGAACUGCAACAUUCGGACACUACGAAGGCAUAUGCGCUCAUGUGGAAGGUAAUUCAUAUACGUACAUGUCUGGUGUAUGGUUAAUAACCUCUCUUGUCGUUAUUUUGGUAUGCUACGUCAAAAUCUAUCGACACAUCAAGCGCCAUUUGCGCCAUGUUGCGUCAGUCAAGCAGAAUUCCGAUUCUUCGGCCACCAGUCAGACUGUUGAACCCAAGAUGGCUAACGGAGGGUUUGCGCAGCGCCAGAAGGAACUGGAAUCAAAGAUCACCGUCAAUAUGCUCAUCGUCAUCGUGUUCUUCUUUCUGUGUGUGUUCCCGUCCAUUCUGACGUUGGUACUGCCCGGUGAUCAGGACGCGAGCGCCCUCAUCGUCGCCAUCCUUUCCCUCAACAGCUGCAUCAACCCUCUAGUCUACGCCUGGAAGCAUCCUGUGUUCCGACACGUCUUUAGAUGUAUCCUUGGUGGAAAGAUCAACCUUAUCAAAGAACCAACACAAUGGGCUCGAUCGCUCCGAAGGACUGCACACGUAACCGAGCAAUGAUAAUUGAUUUGAUUUGAUUUUAUUUCAGCAUUUUUCCAACAGAAAUAAUUAACAAACAUAAUGUACAACAUAAAGAAAAAAAUAGUGAUACAUUUCUUUUUACAAAAAUAUAUACAAAUAAUCAUUCAUUUGCAAAAAUGUAUAUAGAUAGUAUUAGUUUGCAAUAUUAUAAGUUGUACUUUGUUGAGUAGACAAAAAAAAAUGCUGGAGACCGCUACCAUAAGCAGUGCUUGACUAGGGAAGCGGCCUCAAAACGUAUUAGCGAAAUAAUGAAAUCAUAUGCGUCGCCUAGCUUUGAUCUUAUGAAACACAACUCUGUGAUGGGACUGGUGACAUUUAGUCACUUUCUAUUAGACCGUACAACUGAUCCCAGUUGCCAUGAUUGUAUUUCUACUUGCCCAUGCUAGCAGAAGACCUGCACGGAAACGUUCGUAACCUCAUAAACGUCAUUGAUAAUUAUGUCAAAUGUUUUCUUUGUUUUAUGUCGAACAAUGAGUCAUUUGUAUACUUAUAUUCAUUCAUUUUAUUCUAUUUAUUUAUUUAUUCGUUUCUGCAUGUCAUGACAAUGUACAUAGUGUGACCAUCACAACAUUAAAUACAUUAAAUUUUACAUAGUAAUAAUGUAUAAUUAUG